GUUGGUUUGCCAACAGCCAUUCAAUCCUAAAAGCAGAAGAAGAUCGCUUCACUCGCUGUGUCUCUCUAUGCAGAAGAAGAACACGCACACUAAUCGUGUCGUAUUUCUCUCUGAAAGCUUGCUCUGCCUUUAAAAAUCAUGGCUGAUGAAGAAUUGGAAGCCAUUAGGCGGCAACGUAUGGCAGAACUGCAGGCGAAACGUGGGGAACCUUCUAGUGACCAGCAGGGGCAGCAGGAGGCCAACCAGAGAGAGACGGAGAUGAGAAACUCUAUAUUGGCUCAAGUCUUGGAUCAGUCUGCCCGUGCCAGGUUGAGUAAUUUGGCUCUUGUAAAGCCAGAUAAAGCAAAAGCAGUGGAGAAUUACCUGAUACAGAUGGCUCGCUUUGGACAGCUUGGAGGAAAAAUUACAGAGGCUGGACUAAUAGAGAUCCUGGAGAAAGUCAGUCAACAAACAGAGAAGAAAACAACUGUAAAAUUUAACCGACGACGGGUAAUGGACUCGGAUGAUGAGGAUGAUGAUUGAUAUGCAGGUGACAUGAGUCAGCUAGGCUUUCUGUACUCAUGGUACGUUUGGUACUCUGGUCUGCUGACCAGGACAUGACCGUGACUGACAGAUCAGUUGCCCUGGCCAAAUCACAAUCACAUCCAAAGAAUUUUGAUCUGUGGUGAUAUAGGAACUCUGUUACUGUUUUCAUCUUUAGUUUAGCAGAUUCUCUUCAUUCAACACAUUGCAGCAAAGCUGCUUCAUAUUUAGAGACUUUUUUGUGAAUACAGUGGACAAUUCUGAUCUCGUUAUUGCAAUAAUUGGAACUUGCCCCAUAUGUUUGAUUGUGGACUUUUUUUUUUGAGGAAACUUAUUUGCAACUGUUUACAUAAUAAAGGCCUUAAACAAAAAUUGUGAGAAAUUCUUGUUACAUCGGUUUCAUUGCUUGUAACCAAACUACAACUUUCUCUGGGCCAUGCCACAAAAAUACAUUUAUUUGAGAUUUGAUGGUGCAAAAAUGGUCUUAUUUUGUUUUUAUUGUUAAACUGUGAUAUUAUUUCAGUCUUAUAACCCAUCAGUUUUCAAAAACAUGCCAAACUCUAAGUACCAGUGCAUGUGUUUUGUAUUUUUUUUCCAUGCUGGCAAGCAUAAACAGUUGUGGCCAAAAGUUC